GGACCGCGCUGCUUAUAAUCGGAUGCAAACCUAUUUAUAUUCCACCCUUUAUUCUCCCUUUCUGGUCCGCCCCUUCCCUUCUCUUCACAUCUCAUCUAAAUCUCAAUCUCUGUCUCUGUCUCUGUCCGCCUCAGCUUUCACUCCAAACCCUAACCAACCGAUCUCUUUCGCCUAUCCCGGAAACCUUCCGAAUCGUUUAAUUGACGCUACGCCGUGGAAUCUGGGCGGAACAAAUCCACGAUGGCGGCCUCCACCACCAGCCAGGUCUACAUCCAGGUAAUCGACGAUGUCAUGAACAAGGUCCGCGACGAGUUUGUCAACAACGGUGGUCCCGGCGACGAAGUUCUCAAGGAGCUUCAAUCUAUAUGGGAAUCGAAGAUGAUGCAAGCUGGUGCCAUUGUUGGUCCCAUAGAAAGGUCCGGGGCGCCUAAGCCAACGCCCGGUGGUCCAAUUACUCCGGUUCAUGAUCUUAACAUGCCUUAUGAGGGGACUGAGGAGUAUGAAACUCCCACAGCGGAAAUGCUUUUCCCCCCUACGCCAUUGCAAACUCCUCUUCAAACCCCUUUACCAGGAACUGUGGAUAACUCAAUGUAUAACAUUCCCACUGGACCUAGUGACUACCCGUCUGCUGGAAAUGAGCCUGGUGCAAAUAACGAGAUAAAAGGUGGAAGGCCUGGUCCAUACAUGCAACCUCCUCCUUCUCCGUGGACGAACCAGAACCAGAACCAGAACCAAAGGGCUCCACUUGACGUCAAUGUUGCUUACGUGGAAGGGCGGGAUGAGGCGGAAAGAGGAGCUUCAAAUCAACCUCUGACACAGGACUUCUUCAUGUCCUCGGGGAAGCGGAAACGUGAUGAAAUUGCUUCUCAAUAUAAUGCUGGUGGAUAUAUACCUCAGCAAGAUGGAGCUGGAGAUGCUGCUUCUCAAAUUUUGGAAAUUGAAGUGUAUGGAGGGGGCAUGUCCAUUGAUGCAGGUCACUCUACUUCUAAAGGAAAAAUGCCAGCACAAUCAGACAGGCCAGCUUCUCAGAUUCCUCAACUUGAUGGACCAAUUCCCUAUGAUGAUGAUGUGCUUUCUACUCCAAAUAUAUACAAUUAUGGAGUGUUCAAUGAAGACUACAACAUUGCAAAUACACCAGCUCCUUCCGAAGUACCAGCAAGUACCCCUGCUCCCAUUGCUCAAAAUGAGGUUGAUGAAGAAGAUGAUGAUGAUGAGCCCCCCCUAAAUGAAAAUGAUGAUGAUGAUUUGGAUGAUUUGGAUCAGGGAGAGGAUCAAAAUACACAUCAUCUUGUUUUGGCCCAGUUUGACAAGGUGACACGUACCAAGAGUAGAUGGAAGUGCACCCUAAAGGAUGGUAUCAUGCAUAUAAAUAAUAAGGACAUUCUCUUCAAUAAGGCAACUGGAGAAUUUGACUUCUGAUUUUGUCAGGGAUUGGUCUUGCCAUUUUUGUGGCAGUGCUUUGGUGAAUUACAGGUGCCAUUGAGUAUUUUGUAAUCUUUCUUUGAUUAUGAUUAUUAAAUUAAAGCUGGAGGAGGAAGAGAAAAGUCCUUAAUACUCUCGUCACUGUUAUAUAUGUUGGCCUGUUGUACAUAAAGGAUGAGCAAAUUUUGGUCUUUUUACAUGGAUAGGUACUCUGAGGCAUUUCCUGAAGUUUGCCAUUUGUCAAGUGGGAUAUGUAUGUCUAUUAGCUCUGCAUACUUGGACAGUUUAAACUGCAGUGACGCUCGUGGUUAGUUUUUUAGCCGUCAUAAAGAACAACGAUAAUGUCAAGUUUGCUUUUCUUGGUUCCAACAUGAUCUCUGAACUUUAGCCCAAAAAGUGAAAGAAAACAUGACAAUUUCAGGAAUAUGUUUUCUACAUCAGCAACGUUCGUCAUUUCUUGUGUUUUUUUUGGGCAAAACUAAAACAUGGUUUUUAAAGGUCAGAUGGAAAUUGUAGUGUUAUCUUGGAAACCAGUGCCGACACUUAUUGUACAGGUUACUGUGUUGGAGAACAAUCUAAAGACUUGAACCUAAUUUUUGUCUUGUGUUUUUCUGGAUUAAUAGCUUGUUUCUAUUUACUUUUUUAUUUUUUGGUAGAUGAAUGGUAGGAACCCUAGAAUCAAUGGAUACUGCAUGUUGACUGGUCGGGGAAAGGAACUUUCAUUGCCAAGAAGUGAAUUGAUGAUGAAACAUUUAA